AUGCUCAGUGUAUUCCAGACACGCUUCCAGCGACUAGAGACUGCGCUGAACACGCUGGUCGAAUCAGUCGCAGCCUACAAUCCCUCCAUCUCGGCAGCGAAUGCACUAGUCGCAGCAGACGACGAGCUGGAUGAGAGUUUGGAACAGCUCGCCGUACAUCAUGCAAACUACUCGCGUAUCCUCGAGCUGCGCGCCACUGCCGAUGCCCUAGACGAGAAGAUCAAAUCUACACUCCGUACUCUGGCCGAUACCCGCAAAGAGCUUCUCGACAUCCCAUCGUCACAACCAGCACCAAAUACGCGUCAAGUCGGCGUUGAAGAGCUAUUGUCAUACGCAAAGUUCAUCUCAAAGACGACCGUACCGCCCACCUUCCGCGGCCACAUCUCGACCGACCUGCUCUCACAACCACAGCCCGCCGUCACCGAUGCACCAACCACUCAAAUCACAAAUGGCAUGGCCACACCAGCCCACAACGGUGACAACACGAGCACAACCGAUCACUCCGCCACGACAGAAAACAGAGCCGUAGCCACACUGAGUGCAGAAACAAAAGCCAUGCUGGAUCCGUUGUCGCAACUGCCCUUUGUCCCCUGGCCAUCUCAGGAAGUCAUUCGUAUGGGUGCCCUAGCUGCCAUCCAAGGCAUGCUGGAAGAUGGUACGGAUCCGAGCACUGUGCUUAGCGCUGAGGAGCAAGAGGCGGCAGACAAGAGGAGAGCAGAAGAGGAAGAAAGACAGCAAGCUGAGCAGGAAGAAAGAGAACGCAGGCGCAGGGAAGAUUGGGCUGCGAGUGGUGGCAACAGAGCCGCUAUUACCGAGGAUGUCUUUGAUCCUGAUGAGCUCUAG